CUUUCUUAAGAGCCUUGUUCAGGAUGCUGUGCUUGCUGCUCCUUUGUGGAUGUCUUUUGCCAAUAACUGGUCAUGCUCAUGAUGAUGACUGGAUUGACCCCACAGAUAUGCUUAAUUAUGAUGCCGCUUCAGGAACAAUGAGAAAAUCUCAGGUGAAAUACGGUACAUCUGAGAAAAAGGAAGUGAGCCCUGACUUGUCAAAUGCUGAGGAAUUAUCAGACUGUUUGCACAGACUUGAUUCUUUGACUCACAAGGUUGAUGACUGUGAAAAGAAGAAAAUGAAAGAUUAUGAAAGUCAAAGUAACCCUGUUUUUAGGAGAUACUUAAAUAAGAUUUUAAUUGAAGCCGGCAAGCUUGGACUUCCUGAUGAAAACAAAGUUGAUAUGCAUUAUGAUGCUGAGAUUCUCCUUACAAGACAAACACUGUUGGAGAUACAGAAGUUCCUCCGUGGAGAAGAGUGGAAGCCAGGCGCCUUGGAUGAUGCAUUAAGUGAUAUUUUAAUCAAUUUUAAGAGUCAUGAUUCAGAGGCAUGGAAGUGGCGAUUUGAAGACUCUUUUGGAGUGGACCCAUAUAAUGUGUUUAUGGUACUCUUGUGUCUGCUCUGCAUUGUGGUCUUGGUGGCUACGGAGCUGUGGACGUAUGUUCGCUGGUACACACAGCUGAGACGAAUUUUUAUCCUCAGUUUUCUCUUCAGUUUGGGAUGGAAUUGGAUCUAUCUGUAUAAGGUAGCUUUUGCUCAGCAUCAGGCCAACGUCGCCAAGAUGGCGCAAUUGGAUGAUGUGUGUGUUGAGAAGCUGGAUUGGACUGGAAGUCUCUGGGAAUGGUUUAGAAGUUCAUGGACCUAUAAGGAUGACCCAUGCCAAAAGUACUAUGAGCUCUUAUUAAUCAACCCUAUUUGGUUGGUUCCGCCAACAAAGGCCCUGGCCGUUACAUUCACGAACUUUGUAACAGAACCGUUAAAGCACAUUGGAAAAGGAACGGGUGAAUUCAUUAAAGCCCUCAUGAAGGAGAUCCCGGUGCUCCUGCAGAUUCCAGUGCUGGUGAUUAUAGCAUUGGCUGUCCUGAGCUUCUGCUAUGGUGCUGGAAGGUCAUUUCCCAUGCUGAGACACUUGGGUGGUCCUGAAAGAGAAGCUCCCCGGGCCCUUGAGCCAGAUGGCAGACACCGGCCGAAGGAGCCUGACUAUAGACUCCAGGGUGGAGCAGGUGAUGCAGACUUCUCUUACAGGGGCCCGGCUGGCUCCAUCGAGCAAGGCCCCUAUGACAAAACGCAUGCGUGUAAAAGAGAUGUGUUGAGACAGAGAGACGUUGAUAGCAGAUUUCACACUGGCAACAAGAGCCCUGAAGUGCUCCGGGCAUUUGACUUACCUGACACCGAUUUCACCAAUACGCCAGAGCAUCCACAAGUGGUACCCAGCCAUAAAUCGUCCAUCGUGAAUACCAACCUCAAAGAGACUGGUGGACUCCCAGGAGAAAGCACCUCCACAGAACACAGCCAGUCUGCCGAGGCCAUCUCUGGCCGAGUUGCAGGGACUGAGGAAGGCUCACCCACAGCGGAGAAGGCCCCACUGAAGCUAGACUCUGCAUGCAGCCCACAGGGAGGUGCCACACUCAGCCCAGGAGCUGCAGCAUGCGGGUCUGAUCCUGUCAGCAGCCCGUGUGGCUAAGAAACAUGAAGUCAUCUUUGAAGUCUGUAAAAUCCCCAUUUGGGAAUGGAGUCUACUUUGACAGCUAGCAAAGCAGCAUGCUGUUGUUGAGUGAUUACAGCAGUUCAGGAAGACUUGACUAAAGCAGGGGGACACAUCCAGGCCAGUGUACUGCAGGAAAGAGAGAAGGCGCGUUCCACUUGACUAGCAAGGGUUUGUCACUGAGGUUAAAGCGUAUUGUAACUGGCUUUUAAGGAACUAAGAACAGGGUGGUAGGUAGCUGUUAAAAGCACUUUUUAUAAUGGAAUAAAUGUUGAAUGCUUACAGGGUCUUAAGAACCACUGUGAACACAAAAUAAACACUUAUUUUUACAUUA